AUGGCCGGUGCAGUGGCUCAGGCCCCCCUCAGGCUGGGUCGGCUGGUGCCUCAGAGCACGUGCCUGUUCAUGUGUGACCUGCAGGAGAAGUUCAGGAACGACAUCCAGUACUUCCCGGAGAUCGUGGAAGUGAGUGGCAGGCUGCUUAGGGCCUUCAAGCUGCUGGAGCUGCCCGUGCUGGCCACCGAGCAGUACCCCCAGGGUCUGGGCAAGACAGUGGCAGAGCUGCCGUUAGAGGAACACAACGUGCCUAUCUUUGACAAGAAGAAGUUCUCCAUGUGUUUGCCACCCAUCCAGGAGAUCAUCAAAGACAAAGAAAUCAAAUCUGUGGUGCUGUGUGGCAUCGCGGCCCACGUGUGUGUGCAGCAGACAGCGCUGGACCUCCUGGAGAGUGGCCUGGACGUGCAUGUGGUGGUGGACAGCUGCUCCUCAAGCUCCAUGAGAGACAGAAUGUAUGCCUUAGAGAGGAUGAGAGACAGUGGAGCGUUUCUGACCACCAGCGAGUCCAUCAUCCUUGGCCUGGCCGGCGGCUCGAAUCACCCGUCCUUCAAACAGCUGCAGAAGAUUAUCUGGGAGUCUGCUCCUGAUACUGGACUGCUGGCUGCAAGGCAGAAACCAUUCCUUGCAGAGCUAGCUGGGAAGGAUGCAAAACUAUAAUAAAACUGUGAUUCUAACUAGUAGGCCUAUAUAGGUACACAAUUUGAUCAUAAAUGCAAAAUAUACAUAACUUUAAAGGAAAAUUAAUUUACAACUCUAUAUGAUAGGGAAACUAAUCCAUUCUAUAGUUGACAGUCAUUUGUACAUUUUUAACCAAUAUAUUUAAUUACCAGUUGGACACGUGAUGAGAAUGGGGGAGAAUGAAUUUGUGAAGAGUGUGUGAGGGAAGAAUUGAGGGAGGGGGUGUCAGGGGAAUUUAUUUUUGCCCUUGAGCUGCUUCCUUAACUGUGGAAAAAAAAAUCAGGUUUAUUAAUGUUUCCUCCUGCCCUUAUAAAACAGAGUAUCCAACAGAGAACAUACUUGUACCUCAUAUGAUCAGAUUAAAAGGCGUUUCUUCCUACCAUUAAACAA